AUGACUGUUGGAAAAGAGACUGUGCAGACAACAGAAGACCAGAUCUUGAAAAGGGAUAUGCCGCCGGCGUUUAUCAAAGUGGAGAAUGCCUGCACCAAACUUGUUCAGGCGGCCCAGAUGCUGCAGGCAGAUCCUUAUUCGGUACCAGCUCGUGACUACCUGAUUGAUGGAUCCAGAGGCAUCCUUUCUGGAACGUCAGACUUACUUCUGACAUUUGAUGAAGCAGAGGUCCGUAAAAUCAUCCGUGUCUGCAAAGGAAUAUUGGAAUAUCUGACUGUGGCGGAAGUAGUAGAGACUAUGGAGGAUUUGGUGACAUACACAAAGAAUCUAGGGCCAGGAAUGACAAAGAUGGCCAAAAUGAUUGAUGAGAGACAACAGGAAUUAACUCAUCAGGAACAUAGGGUUAUGCUGGUGAACUCCAUGAAUACCGUGAAGGAGCUAUUGCCCGUACUUAUUUCAGCUAUGAAGAUUUUUGUAACCACAAAAAAUUCUAAAAGCCAGGGAAUAGAAGAGGCAUUGAAAAAUCGCAAUUUCACAGUAGAGAAAAUGAGUGCCGAGAUAAAUGAAAUAAUCCGUGUAUUACAACUCACUUCCUGGGAUGAAGAUGCCUGGGCGAGCAAGAAGGACACCGAAGCCAUGAAAAGAGCUUUAGCCUUAAUCGAUUCAAAGAUGAACCAGGCAAAAGGUUGGCUGAGAGAUCCAAACGCACCUCCAGGGGAUGCUGGUGAGCAAGCAAUAAGGCAGAUCCUUGACGAAGCUGGAAAAGCAGGAGAACUGUGUGCAGGCAAAGAGCGCAGAGAGAUUCUGGGAACCUGCAAAACGCUGGGCCAGAUGACUGAUCAACUGGCUGACCUCCGAGCUAGAGGGCAGGGCGCUACGCCCGUGGCGAUGCAGAAGGCACAGCAGGUGAGCCAAGGGCUGGAUCUGCUCACGGCCAAAGUGGAGAACGCAGCCCGCAAGCUAGAGGCCAUGACGAACUCGAAGCAGGCAAUUGCGAAGAAGAUUGAUGCUGCUCAGAAUUGGCUUGCGGAUCCUAAUGGGAGCAGGGAAGGAGAAGAACAUAUUCGGGGAAUUAUGGCUGAAGCACGGAAAGUUGCCGAACUGUGUGAGGAGCCUAAAGAAAGAGACGACAUCCUUCGCUCCUUGGGGGAAAUCUCUGCUUUGACAGCUAAGCUGUCAGAUCUGCGACGACACGGGAAAGGUGACUCUCCUGAGGCCCGUGCGUUGGCUAAGCAAAUAGCUACAUCACUUCAGAAUUUACAGUCCAAAACAAACAGGGCUGUAGCAAACACCAGGCCAGUUAAAGCAGCUGUCCAUCUGGAGGGCAAGAUUGAGCAAGCUCAGCGGUGGAUAGACAACCCUACUGUUGCUGACCGGGGAGUAGGCCAGGCAGCGAUUCGGGGGCUGGUCGCGGAAGGUCGUCGUUUAGCCAAUGUCAUGAUGGGACCUUAUCGUCAAGACCUGCUGGCCAAGUGUGACCGGGUAGACCAGCUGGCCGCUCAGCUGGCCGACCUCGCCGCGAGAGGGGAGGGGGACUCUCCGCAGGCCAGGGCCAUUGCUGCUCAGCUGCAGGACUCCCUGAAGGAUCUUAAAGCACAGAUGCAAGAGGCAAUGACCCAGGAGGUUUCCGAUGUUUUUAGUGACACCACAACUCCUAUUAAACUGUUAGCAGUAGCAGCCACUGCCCCCUCUGAUGCUCCCAACAGAGAUGAGGUGUUUGAUGAAAGAGCAGCAAACUUUGAAAACCACGCUGCUCGACUGGGAGCUACAGCAGAAAAAGCAGCAGCAGUUGGAACUGCGAAUAAAACCACUGUGGAGGGCAUUCAGGCAACGGUGAAGUCAGCGAGGGAGCUCACUCCGCAGGUAGUAUCAGCUGCUCGUAUCCUCCUGAGAAAUCCUGGAAAUCAAGCUGCUUAUGAACAUUUUGAGACCAUGAAAAACCAAUGGAUUGACAAUGUAGAAAAAAUGACAGAUCUUGAUAAAUGUAAAGUUGCGAUGGCCAACAUGCAACCUCAGAUGCUGGUCGCUGGUGCCACCAGCAUUGCUAGGCGAGCAAACCGCAUCCUGCUGGUAGCAAAACGGGAGGUGGAGAAUUCAGAAGACCCUAAAUUCCGGGAGGCUGUUAAAGCAGCCUCUGACGAGCUAAGCAAAACCAUAUCCCCGAUGGUAAUGGAUGCUAAAGCUGUGGCAGGAAACAUUUCUGAUCCUGGUUUGCAGAAGAGUUUCUUGGACUCUGGGUACAGAAUUCUGGGAGCUGUGGCCAAAGUCAGAGAAGCCUUCCAGCCCCAGGAACCAGAUUUUCCCCCUCCUCCUCCUGACCUUGAGCAGCUUCAUUUGACUGAUGAACUCGCUCCUCCAAAACCGCCCCUUCCAGAAGGUGAGGUUCCCCCACCCAGACCACCACCACCUGAGGAAAAGGAUGAAGAGUUCCCAGAGCAGAAAGCAGGAGAAGCCAUUAAUCAGCCCAUGAUGAUGGCUGCUAGGCAGUUGCAUGAUGAAGCCCGGAAAUGGUCUAGCAAGCCUGAUGUGACUGUGAUUAAUGAAGCGGCUGAGGCUGGUGUAGAUAUAGAUGUGGAGGAUGAUGCAGAUGUUGAAUUCACUCUCCCCUCUGACAUUGAAGAUGAUUACGAGCCUGAGCUGCUGUUAAUGCCAACCAAUCAGCCUGUUAACCAGCCCAUGCUGGCCGCUGCUCAGUCUCUGCAUCGGGAAGCAACCAAGUGGUCUAGUAAGGGCAACGACAUCAUUGCGGCUGCGAAACGAAUGGCACUGCUCAUGGCCGAGAUGUCGCGCCUGGUGAGAGGUGGGAGCGGCAACAAGCGCGCCCUGAUUCAGUGCGCGAAGGACAUCGCGAAGGCCUCCGAUGAAGUCACUCGAUUAGCCAAAGAGGUGGCAAAGCAGUGCACUGACAAGCGCAUCAGAACAAACCUCCUGCAGGUCUGUGAGCGAAUCCCAACCAUCAGCACACAACUGAAAAUUCUCUCCACUGUCAAAGCCACCAUGCUGGGCAGAACCAAUAUCAGCGAUGAAGAGUCGGAACAGGCAACGGAGAUGUUAGUUCAUAAUGCCCAGAAUCUCAUGCAGUCCGUGAAGGAAACUGUGCGAGAAGCUGAAGCAGCGUCCAUUAAGAUAAGAACAGAUGCUGGGUUCACUCUGCGCUGGGUCAGAAAGACCCCGUGGUAUCAGUAAAUGCUUGCCACAAAGUCUUGUUUUCUGUAACAUAAAAUGCCUUUUUUUGGAAACAGAAGAGAUAUAUUAACAGCAAAAGGUGCUGUAUACAUGAGCUUCAGAUUAGCUUAUGGUAAUGCCCCAUUCUAAGGGUAUGAAUUAUAUGAGAAUGCAUUUCAAAUGUCUUCGGAACGCAUUUGAUAUCGAACACCCCAAAAUUCCUUCCAACAGUAGAUGGUUUUUAUCUUUUUUUUUUUGUCUUUUGAAGAUUCUCUUCAUGAAUUCUGUACUCCCAGAAGCACAUUUCAUUUAUGCACUGUAUGUUCCGGUAGUUUCCAUGUGACGAUAUAACACAUGGACCUCACUUUAAGCUUGCGUUGAGAGUCUAGGACACUAGUGGUUACUUGGCAGUUCUUUAGGGACAAUCAUUGACAGAGAAACAUUUUACUUUUCAACAGGGUUUUAGUUGGCUGUUCUGAAACCAUGCAGAAAAGGUGGAAAGUGGGGGGAGGGGGUGUUAAUUAAAGGGGGAGUCCAGCAGAACAGUUGUAAAUCGAUUAAAAUUCCAUAUCCAAAAUGCU